UUGGGCCGAGUCAAAACACAGACCAGAUUUCCCCACCACCGGAGCAGAGGGAUCUAUCAAAUAUCAGAUGUUUUAGACAGCCGAGAGCCGAGAUGCCUCGCAGAACAAUCUUGGAGGUGAAGGUGGUGGAGGUGGAGAAGAGGAGGGUCCCCAGCAAGCACUACGUGUAUGUGAUCCACGUGUCCUGGGCCGACGGCUCCAACUCAGUCAUCUAUAGAAGAUACAGCAAGUUCUUCGACUUCCAGGUGACUCUACUGGAGAAGUUUCCAGACGAGGGGGGAAAGAACGACCCACGGCAGAGGAUCAUCCCAUUCUUACCAGGAAAGAAGCUGCUUGGUCGCAGCCAUAUAAGAGAAGUUGCUGUGAAGAGACUGAAGCCUAUCGAUGAGUACUGCAGGGCUUUGAUCAGACUCCCUACCGAAAUCUCAGAGUGUGCAGAGGUCCUCAACUUCUUCGAGACAACCAGAGAAGACAUUAAUCCUCCCAAGGAAGAGAUGAAGGAGAAGAAGAACAAGAAGAUGGCGGAGUCCAUCAGUGAGCCGCUGCUGCUGGACCAGUACGUCGUCGUCGCGGACUACGAGAAAUCUCAGCCGACGGAGAUGAGCGUGACGGCCGGCACAACCGUGGACGUCAUCGAGAAAAAUGAAAACGGCUGGUGGUUUGUGACGGUGGAGGAUGAGCAGGGAUGGGUACCGGCAACCUUCCUGGACCGCGCAGAUGGACUCACCGAAGAAAUCUCACGGAGGUCAAGGGCAGGAGAAGGAGAACAGUACGUCACUACAAAUGCCUACAACGCUCGGAGCGGGGAUGAGGUGGGGUUUGACCGCGGGGUCACCGUGGAGGUUCUGGAGAAAAACCUGGAGGGGUGGUGGUACAUCAGAUACCAGGAUGUGGAAGGCUGGGCUCCGAGUACUUAUUUAGAAAAGCCUCGAGACCAAAGUGCUGUCAGCAUGGUUCCCACUGAGAUCAUCGGAAGUGCCCUGGAAGUGAGCAACCUGCCAAACCUGGCCAAUCACAGGCGAGCUAGCAACGACGCCAGGUCUGGAAGCUCCGGCUCCACAACCCCCGAGAAAGGCAGCCCCCGAUUGGACAACAGGAAGAGUGCUGCUGAGCUUUCGGCCAAUGAGAGGAAUGGUAACAACCACGAGGCAGCCAAUCAGGAGACAGAUAGAACAGUCAGGUCCAGGCCUACUGCUCUUCCACUCAAGUCAUCGGAGAACAAGAAGAAGGAAAAACAAAGGGGAAAAUCUCCUAAAAGACCAGUUGUAGUGAAACAGAAGGAACCACCACCAAGGAGGGACUCCAUCGCAAAGCGUCCGCCGGUAAGGCCGCCGCCGCCUCAGCUGGAGAAGGAAGUGGAGUACGUGACGCUGGCAGACUUCCAGGCCACCAUACAGGACGGCAUUAGCUUCCAGGAGGGAGAGAGACUCAAGGUAAUAGAGAAGUCUCCCAGUGGAUGGUGGUUUGUGACGGUGGGGGAGGGGGGCACCGAAGGAUGGGCGCCCGCAUCGUACAUCGAAAGACGGGAGCGACCAAAGAAACCACCAGCCAGCAGCGCAACAGCAGUUCCCAAACCCACCUUCAGUCCUCCAGUGUCACCAGUAGCGAAAGUAGUCCCCGCGUUUGAGAAACCACAUGUGCAGUUAAAACGGACACCGAGUGAUGCCAUUGUGAAACCCAACUUUAGCCCUCCCCCUGUUCCCCAACAGUCGGGGAAAGAGAAGGACCCAAGUCCGGUUAAUGGAAGAAAAGCUUCACCAGUGCUACACAUCAGAGAAACUCAAGAUCAGGAGGGUCGGUUGUCUCCAAGUGAAGACGACCCGGUCUUACCGACCAUCGGAGGGACUGAUAUGCUCAGCGAAAUCCAACAAGUUCUGGCCUCAAAACAGAAAAAUGUUAGGAAGCGUUCUCCAGCUAGGAAAAGCUCACCUGCUAGAAAAAGCUCCCCUAUCAGGAAAAGUUCCCCGGUAAGAAAAAGCUCCCCUGUUCGGAAAAGCUCCCCUGGGCCCUCCAGACCAACUACUCAACCGCCGAAGGUACCGCAGAUGAAAGGCUGGAUAGAGGCAGACAGCAAGGACCUACCUUCUUCAUCUUCCGAACAACAUACAGAACAGGAGGGGGACAUGCUCAGUGAAAUUCAUAAGGUCCUUGCUGCGAAGGCAAAGCACAUAGUGCAGUCGGAAACAAAACCAGAAUCCCGCGAGAUACACAGAACUGAGAUUUCAAAACAGAACGAUGAAGAAGAAAACAACAACAGGCAACAGAAAACGAAGUUUGCAGGAAUCCCAGCAAAGCAUGCUGGGAGAACUACAAAGGGUGGGGAAAUGAGUGCAAAGCAUGAUGGGAUAACAUCAAAGCAUCAUGGGAAACCCUCAAAGUAUGAUGGAGAACUAAUCCAGGAUGAAGAGGGGAUCUACGUCACGUGCGAAAGGUACGAAAGGCAAGACACCAAGGAGAUCAGCUUCUCGAAGGGACAGAAAGCAGAAGUGCUGGAGAAGAACACAUCAGGGUGGUGGUUUGUGAGAAUAGGGUCCAAGGAGGGGUGGGCUCCCUCCACAUACCUCGGGCACGACGACAAGUUACAUAUAGAGGAAGAAGAAGAGGUCAAGUACGUGGAUGUUGAGAAAGCCGUACCUGCAAAAUUUAGAAACGGGAAUGAUGUCACCAAACACUCAUCCUCCGAAAACAAGAAACCGACUACAGUAGCAUUCCAGAAGAAGGCCACACCUCCAAACAAGAUGCCCACCAAAGACGUGGAAAUCAAAAAGCAAACAAGGGCCACAGAAGUCAAGGCAAGGUACUCUCUACCUGUCAAGAAAACCCAAACUGUGUCCAAGGUUUCGGAACCUUUGCCACCCAAAGAAAGCAUUCCACCGGCCACUAGUACAGAGAGUGUCUUAUCGGUAAGGGAGGGUAUGAGCAAGUUUACAGCUGCCUCCACAAGGACAACCAGUCCCAAAGGCUUCCAAAAGCAGGAGCCGAGAAAGGGGAGUCCAAAGGCUAAGGUUAUCCCCAAGUCAGCAUCUUCAGAUCACAAAGGUGGAAAGAUCGAAAGAGUUCCUUCCUUAAAAGAGAGGAUGGGGAUGUUGAUGGAGAAGACAGGUGGCGAAACAACAUCUUCGUUAUCCAGGAUCCCAAAAAAGAGGACAGAGGAGACAAAGGCUUCAAGAGCGAAGAGCAUUCCAGACGACAUGCACCAAGCAGAUGGUGAAGAGCGGUUCAUCUCUGUAAAGGAAAGACUCGGCAUGUUACAGGGUAAAAUCGGACCAGCACAGAAGAGAGAUGCCGCCGAUGCUUCAGUUGCAAAGUCGGGAAAAAGUUUUGGUACAGGGAGAGGACUGGCAGGUCGACCGGCAGUGCCAACAAAAGCAAAGCCUCAACUCAUUAGGAACAAACCAGCAGUUGCACCAGCAAGACCAAAGCCGCCCGUGUUCGGGAACAAACCGAGCGUGCCUCAAACCAAACCCGCAGUCCAGGCAAGUAAACCGGUAAUCUCCAACAAGAAACCCGCGUUAGCCCAAAAUAAACCGAAACUCACUCUCAACCAAACAAAAUCCUCCCCACCAUCUCUCAAAACGAAAGACGUAGCAAUCGGGGAAUUGAACAGCGCUCGCGUAGAUGUGCCCUCCCCAUUCAGACCCAAAUCUCUGACGAGAAUGGACUCCGAGACGAGUAGCCUUACGUCCGAGUCGAGUUCGCUUACGACGGUAACGGCGCUAGAAACAGAUGGGGACGAGCACAUCUACGAGAGCGUUGAAGAUGUGAUGGGUCACGAUACCACGAUAGUAACGGGAGAGAAUGUCUACAUUGCCGCGGCUAGUUAUCAUACUGACGACGCAGAGAUGCUAAGUUUUGACGAGGGAGAAGAGCUGGAGGUUUUAGAAACGCACUGGAAUGGCUGGUGGUACGCUACCGUUCGUAAGAGAAGAAACAUGGCUGCCGGGCAGCUCUCGCUUCUCAGGACUUUCCUGUGUUUUGCCGCGUUCGUGGCGCUCUGUAGAGGCCAAAACGCGACCACGUCGGGCCCUACGGCGGCACCAGGUACCCAGGCACCGGCUGGCUCUUCGGGAAGCUGCACGGCCGACAGCAGCAACGUCGUAACGUGCGACUUCGGCAGCCUUCCCGCCGACCUGCCCUACGACACCAAGGAUCCCCAUUCCGCAGGUGGUCUGGCGGGCUACUACAAUCUCAUGAGCAGCUUCGUCCGGACCAUCCAGCCCAAAGACGCCUACGAGAUCAUCAAUAAAGUUCUGGGAGGAGAGGACAUCCUGAACUUCAUCCUGACAUCAUGGCAGCAGUUGGCCGUGGACUACAUUGGCUGGGUGAUCUGCGGUGCCCUGGGCGUGGUGUUCCUGCUGCUGCUGCCUCUAGUCGGCUGCAUCUUCUGCUGCUGCCGCUGCUGCGGGAACUGCGGAGGGAAGAUGCAGCAGAAGGAGGAGGACAGGACCGGAUGCUGGCGAGCCUUCCACUCCGUCUGCCUCUUCGUCGUCACCGUCUUCAUGGGAACCGGCGUGGCGCUUGCCCUCAUGUCCAGCAUGCAGAUGCAGCCCUCGAUAACCGGCGUUAGCCAAACCGUCAAAGAUGCCUUUGCCGACGUUCCCACCUACAUCAACAACACCAAAACUCAACUGAACUACAUCGUGAACCAGCAGUUCAACACGGUGUACGAUGCAGUCAUCCAGGACAUUGACGACCGUGGCACUCUGGUAGGAGGCCCAGUACAUGACGGACUCAAGGGUGAUGUGUACCCAGCAAUAGACGCUGUCAUCGCUAUGGGAGACACUAUAUCCACCACCAGUGAUGCCCUGCAAGCGGUGAACAACUCACUGACUGUGCUCCAGUCGAAGGGAACAGACCUCUCCAACAAUCUCACCGAUAUAAGUAACAGUCUGGAUGGCGCUACAGUCUGUGCAGGAGGCGAUACUGUCUGUACUACAUUCUUUAGCACUCUGGACACUUCUGGGCUGAAAACAGAGGCCAACUUCAGCGCACUGGACAUUGGAUCAGAGCUUCAGAGUGUGAACAGUGUGCUCGGCACUAACCUCACAAGCCUUGCCCUGCAGGGGAAGCAGGAGUUUGACAACAUAUCUGGAAUUGUGGAGGACACAAGUGCAAGUGCUGUAUCAGGCAUAAAGAGUCAGUUGGACAGUGUGAAGACUACUGUUCAGGACAUCCCCAGCCAACUGAGUGUCAUUGACACAAUUCAGGACCAGAUCAAUGGCAUCGAGGAUAUGGUGGACACCUAUGUGGGAUAUGCUGACCAAUACACUGUUUACGUAGGGUAUGGAGCAAUUGGGCUGUGCUGCCUGGUCCUCCUGAUAGUGUUGUUCAACCUCAUGGGGCUGAUGUUCGGAGCCUGUGGCAGCAGCAAGAGUGACCCACCAUCAGAGAGGAGCUGCAUGUCCACUUCUGGAGGGAACUUCCUCAUGGCGUCUGUGGGUUUUGCCUUCCUGACCGGCUCCCUGCUGAUGAUUAUCGUGUUUGCCCUGUUCCUGGUGGGAGGACUCGUGGAGAGGAACGGCUGUCAGCCACUCGAGCCCCCGAGUUACGAACUCAUCGCACAGACUCUGGACUCAACCAACUUUCUGGGUAACAUGCUGUGCCAAAACUCCUCUGGACAGGUGUCAUUUGCUGAGGGACUCAAGCAAUGCGGAACAGGGAGUAGUGGCAUCUAUGCAGCCUUUGGCCUGGAAUGUGUGCUGAACAUAUCUGAGUACACAAACUUCCGAACAAAAUUCCCAAACCUGAACGACCAGCUGAAUGACAUCACCUCCAGUGUGAACCUGAGUGGGAUCGUGAUCCUGAGUGAGGACGCCAAGACCAACCUCAGGGACUUCAACACCUCAGGGGUGUCUGGCAUCGACUUUGCCACCUUCCUCAAUGAGACUCGCAAAGGCCUGACUGCCACCAAUCUCACCAAAUUUGCCGAUGACUUGGCUACUGCAGGUACAAGUUUCCAACCGGCCAGCAAGGAUAAUCUAGAUGCCAUCAUUGCUGAUCUGAGAGCGACCCAGCAGAAUGGUGUGGAAGGCAUGCAGUCUGACGUGGACACAGUUGAGACCAACAUCAACACCCUGCAGACUGCCAGCACCACUCUACAGAACGACAUCUCCAACGUUCUGACAAACGCAGAGACUGCCGAGAGCAAGAUCCAAAAUGACGGACCCGGCCUCGUCCAAAGUUCGGUGAAUGCCUACGUGGAUCGAGUGCUGGGAUAUGGCGACAAGUUUGGACAGCAUGUCGAGACUGUGGUCAACACUGAAGUUGGCAACUGCAACAUUGUGAAGAAAAUCUACGAUGCCAUGGUCGGAAAUAUCUGCGACUGGCUCCUGAACUCCCUGAACGGUUUCUGGUUUGGUCUGGGCUGGUGCCUGCUGUUCUACAUCCCCUCCAUGAUCUUCGGAGUCAAGCUGGCCAAACACUACAGAAAGAUGGACCCUGAUGAUGAAGAGAUGGGAUAUGGUGAUGGUUAUGGUGGUUACGACAAUGGCGGCUACCCUGGCCCACAGAGCUACCCCAUGCAUGACAUGAAACAUGGACAGAAAGCCUCGGCACCACCCCCCAAUUGGCACAGGAACGGCUCAAACCGUGUGGGACCACCUCCUGAGCGCUGGUAGGGCAGACUCUGGGAAAAGCUGGAGACAAAACAACAACAACAAACUACAGAUUUUCUCAUUGAUGGGAAAAUGUGCCUUCGACCAGUUUUUGAUCAUCAGAAACAAUUUGUGCCAUUUUAACUUAGAUUUUCUGAUUUGUAAGUCAAAACUAGUUCUAGGUUCAACAUAUCAUAUAUUUUGUCAAUUUUAAACCAUACAUAUCCAGGAUAUUUUAAGCUCAACUUUUUAACUUUUAAAGUUUAUAGAGUCUGUUUGGUUCUAUUUAGAAUGAGUGGAAGAAUCAUGUACAUUUUUAACAUAGCCAGUAAAACAUAUCAAUCAAGAGUUAAAAUUGCAAUGAGACAGACCUCUGCAUAUCAAUUGUAGAAAUCACAUCAAGAAACAUAUCAAGAAAGGGAACACAUAUCCACAUUUUUAACAUAGAUGUUUAAAAAAACUUGACCCAUAUUUUUCCAGGGUCUCAUAUCAUUUUGUGAGCUCUAAGCAGAGAAGGUGUACAAUGUAUUGUUAACAAUUUUAUCUAAUUAUGGUUGGAUUCAGAAUGUUUAUUUUUUACAAAGAUUGUUUUUUCUUCUCAGUUGAAUUUUUUCAGUAUUCUCUAUACUGGGGUUCAAACCUUAGUUUUUUUAAAGAGAAACUUUAGUUCAUUGUAGUAAGGAGUUAAGACGUUGGGAGCUCUCAACUGCCAAGACUCGACUGCCAGGACACCCAAGUGAGGGAAAAGCCUCACAUUCACUCUGGAAAGGACAGCAGCUACAUAUAGAAUACAUUUCAUAGUUUGCAAUAGGGACAUGACAAAAAUUUAGGAUUCAUACAUAUCAACUCUGACCAAAUUGUUGCAUGAUGUUUUGGAUCUGGCAAUAACAAAUGAUUAUAUGUAAAGAUCAUCUUUAUUUCUAUUUUACAGGAAAAUCUCUUGACGUUGAUUUACUUGUACUUGUGUGGGGUUUUAAAAAAAUUUAACAAUGUAUUAGUACUACAUAUAGUACAGUGAUAUGUUUAGGGACAGACCAGAAAGGACCAUUCCUCCCCUCCCCAAUC